AUGUCACUCAUCGACCGAAUCUCGUUUGCCGGGCCCAACCUCGAUGUCACCACGGACAUGUCAGGUUGUAGUGCCAACUAUGGCUACCCAUUACCCCCAGCCUGUGCAACGGCCUUUGCCAAGAUACCGAGUGAUACUGGACCAUGGAACUUUCGACACUUUCCUCAAGCCGGUAGCGACAAUCAGCUUCAAGUGCCACUAGAGUAUAAGGACGACAACGCGAAUCCUACCUGCAUUAUCACUAUUGACCUUGAUGGACACUCUGACCAAGACGGUACCUCUGAGGAGUGGUCGACAUUUCCCAACAUCAAAGCAGCAGCGUCUCAUGUCAUCAGUCAAUGUGUCGAGCCCGCUUCUGUCGGCGUUCACACACCCCGCUGGUGGGAGUUUCCUCUAGCGCCUACGACACCACAACCUUCCAACGUAGACUACCACUGUGUUAGUCGCAUGGGCUCUCCAGGUGAGGCUUCUUGCGAUCAGGCUCUCUUUGAAUUCCCUGUCGAAGGAGACGCAACGCUUGACCCGUCGUCACCGAUUAUUAAGACGUCCGGCAAUUGUGCUGUAAGCAUUCGCAGCGGAAAGCAUCAAACGGCCUCGUGGCAAGCCUUGGCCGGCGUUGCGAUACAGUUGAUCAACAGAUGCGUGGUGAACCCGGGUCCGUUCUCGAGGUCAAAAGGAGGAUGGGCGAGAGGUGAGUCUGCCUCGUCAUCUGCAUAUCCCGUCUCUCUGUUUGGCAAUUUUAAUAUUGACGCUUCUUUACCGAUAGGUCAUGUAGUCACCGCCAGAAGAUGGAAACGCGAUGAGAUCGACCUCGACCCUCAAAUCACCAUCGACACCUACUACCAGCCAGCAUUCGACGGCAAUGCCGCUGACACCUGUCAAGCAUCCAUCGCCGCAGCCCACAGAGGCGACGUCAACAAGUGUCCAGUAGGUGGCGCCUCACAUAGUCGUCCUCCUCCGCGGAGACUCCUCGAUGGGUAUUCGGAGGCUCAAAAUGGCACUGGCAGUACAGUCACUGCUAAUGGCACGUCAUUCACCUUGGCGGAUGCUAAUCUCACGAGUGCUUUCGAGCAUGAUUAUGAUGAUUCUCCCGCACCGGCCGCAAGCCCAAGUGAUAGCACAACGUGGGCGAACAACACGGAGACUUGGCCGAGCAAUGAUCCUUGA